UACACUACGGCUCAGUUAUGUAUGUGUGGUGUAAUAUGAAGUCAUUAAGCCACAUCAAGUUACUGACGUCAUGAGUCACUGUUUCGGGUGUGACACCUGCAUACUUCUGGCUAUAGAUAAAUGCGAAACUACUAGAGUGCGGUAACAUGGCUAUAGCGCCACAGGUUUGUUAGACAGUAGUGGGAAUACGUGUUUUACUAGAAGGCAGAGACACUAGAACACGAGCUGUCCUUCCUUCCGAGGACUGUACAACCGCUCUGCCUACAAGUGACAGCCCUGAGUGCUGUCACCCUGCCGCACCACACCUCCUCCCUCACAGGUCGGCGCCCUCCCUGCCUUGUACUGCGCAGGCGCCACACACGGAGAUUUAAAAGUGCAGCCGAGAGCGGAGCAGAGAAGGUGCAGAGCUGUCGCCUAGGACACGCACAGGAAGGUGAUACAGGGGGCGCAGGUACAUCCAAGAGGCCGGGCGUCAGCGAGUGUUAUAGCUGUGGCCCCGCGUUAUAGAACGGGAGCGGACUCCGGACGUACAGGUCAAAAAACUCCAGAAAAAGAAAUAAGUGGAAACUUAGCCUCAAAGCAACUCGUAUGACUUUAUCAUUUCACACAGCUGUCACUUGGGAAUCUUUUGUAUCUAGCAGAGCAUAUUGACAUGCUGAAUAUAACUUCAUGGAAAGAAAUGUGCAAACACUCCAAUGUUUCAGUUUAUCACAUUUGAUGUUCAUGGCAUGUGGAAGCUGUAUUUAUUACUGGGACUCUUACAGUAGAAAUGGGCUUCUGCCAGGCCAAACAGAGUGAUAGCCAAAGAUUCUACACUGUGUCCAUCAGCGGAGCAUAAAAUUAUCAAGUUGCCGACACUAGUUUUCAUGAUGCAGAAGGCAGGGGUCAGCGAAUACAGCCCACUUGCACAACUCCUGCUGGUUAAUUCUCUGACAUGUGGCCUUGAAGUCUGCCUGGCAGCAGGGAUCACCUUUGUUCCACCUUUGCUUCUUAAGGCUGAAGUGGAAGAAAAAUUCAUGACCAUGGUACUAGGUAUCGGCCCCAUCCUUGGUCUCUUAGUUGUAAACCUAAUAGGCUCUGCAAGUGACCAUUGGAACAGCAGAUUUGGCCGUCGGCGUCCUUUCAUUUGGCUAUUGUGUUUUGGAGUAAUGCUGAGCCUAAUUAUUAUUCCUUAUGCUAACCAUUUAGCCAGUUUAUCAGGUCACCGCAGUGCCGGCAUGGAAGUGUUCUUACUUAUAUUUGGUAUUGGGCUGUUAGACUCCUGUGGACAGGUUUGUUUUACUCCUCUGGAAGCACUGCUCUCUGAUCUGUUCCCAGAAGGUGAAGCCUGCAGAAAAGCCUUCUCCGUUUAUGCCUUAACUAUUGGAAUAGGAGCAUGUGUUGGAUACUUUUUGCCUUCUGUGGACUGGAGUGACAGUUGGUUAGCACAACAGUUAGGUGGCCAAGAAAAAUGUCUUUUCACAUUUCUAUUUAUUAUAUUUUCCGGAUGUGUCUGUGCCACAUUCUUUGUUUCAGAAGAGGUCAGGGUUAAUGUUGGACAUUCAGAUAUAUGUUUGGAACCAGCAGGUAAGGCAUGGACUUGCAUAAGGACAUGUCAACUUUCAGCUCUACCACACAGGGUAUGGCGAAUGGCCCUAGCACUGCGAAGUACAUGUGCUUUAGUUUCACGAUUUAGGACAUUUUGUUGCAGAAUUCCUGUUGCUCUGUGGCGCUUGUUUGUGGCCCAGCUCUGCUCAUGGAUGGGGCUUAUGACUUUUAUUCUCUUUUACACUGAUUUCAUUGGUGAAGGACUUUAUCAUGGUGUGCCAAUGGCAGAGCCGGGGACUGAGGCUAGACUCCGAUAUGAUGAAGGGGUCAGAAUGGGAAGCCUGGGCCUUUUUCUUCAAUCUGUGACAUCAAUAGUGAUUUCAUUCUCCAUGGAUUACCUGGUGAAGAUAUUUGGAACUCGAUUUGUCUACCUGUUUGCAGUUUCCUGCCUCCCUGUUGCUGCAAUAAUUACUUGCUUCUCCCAUAAUAUUAUAUUGGUAACUGCAUCAGCUGCUAUGACAGGCAUCACAUUUUCUGUACUGCAGAUCUUACCAUACACUCUUACCUCACUUUAUCAUCAUAACCGGCAGGUGUUUGUUCCAAAGUAUAAGGACAUAGCCGAGAAUGAGAUAAAGGAAAAAGAGCGAAAAUCUGGUUUCGUGAAAGAGGCAUCAAAUAAUAAUGAUGUUCCAUUGUUCUCCUCACAUCCCCCAUCUUUGUGUGUUGUCCCUUCUUGUGACAACUCUGUAAUAAUUGGAGAGCCCCCUAAUACACACAAUGGGAUUUGCUUGGACAUGGCUAUACUGGACAGUGCCUGCCUGUUGUCUCAGGUGGUCCCCUCUCUUAUUAUGGGCUUUAUUGUGCACAUGACACAAACAGUCACAGCCUAUGUGGCAUCAGCUGCAGCUUUUGGUUUGAUAGCAAUAUAUUUUGCCAACAAAGUUGUCUUUGAUAAAAGUGACAUGGCAAAGUUUACAACUCUAUAGGGUCAUAGGCAUUUACCUUACCUUUUCGUAGCUGGUAAAUUAUUUAUUUUAUAAAUAAUUCUACUGUAUUUUGCAAUAUGUUUUUUUUUUUGUUUUUUUUUACCAACUACAUUCCAAAAGAUUGUAACUAAUUUAUUGUUAAGAAAACAUUACAGAGUUUUCUUGGCCUUGCUGAUUUGCAAAAUUGGUGGCAUUACAAAUAUGAGGUCAUGUGAUUCCUUUUCUUUAUGCAUUUCUAAUUUCCAUUUCUUACACUCAGUUGCUUCAAGUAACAAUAUACUUCCUGGUUUGCUAGUAUCUCUUCACUGCUGCAGACAUUGAUGGGCUCCUAUGGUCACAACAUUGCUUUGGACUUCUAAACAAAGAACUGCUGGGACCUCUAAACCACUGAUCUGGGAGUUGAUUUACAGAAUAUUUUGUCCUAUAGUGCAAAAACGGUAGUAAAAUCAGCAUAAAAUGCAUGCAGGUUUACCUUGAAUUUAUAGAAAAGUCUACCACAUCUGAAUAUACCAUAAGACUUACCUGCACAUGUCAACACACAUUUGAUACUCUGUAGUAAAAUAAAAGGGCAAAUGUAAUAGAAUUGCCCACCUAUACCUUACUUCUUAGCAAUGUACCAGAGAUGAUUUUUUCAGUUUUUUUCUCACAGUUCAAAUUUUCCGACAUGCUGUAAUGUCAGUUUGUGUAGAUCUCUGCUUUGCAUGCUAUUUU